AGCGAUCACGGUCUGGACAUUUGUAGUAUUGCCACAACAUCGAUUCUCCGCGUACAGUAUGAGGCGUUCAACACUUAACAUCAUCAGAGUUUCCUGUAUGUUGUUCUCAAUUGUAUUUACAGCAAGAAUUUUAAUGCAGAUCUUUGGUCAACACAAACGAAAUGAUAAAGUGAUUGGUGUUCAUAAUUCGCCACGUCUACAUGUUGAUGCUGCUGUAGCCGAUAUGAAAGAUGAUGAAGAGGACGAAAGCCACACACAAGGUGAUGUUAAAUCAAACGCUAAUUGGUUAGAUCAGAGUCGUCAAGCAAUCGUCCCUGAAAGAACGAACGAAAGUAACCACAAGAAAGAAGAGCUCUCGGACAAGGCGGCAGAGCAACUUGGACUUUAUACACAUAAAACCCAUAAUGUGGAAUACUAUGUGGAUUGGUACGGAGGAGAAAACAGUAAUGUGACCUAUCCACCGUUUGUAGAGCACAGUCCGGAGAAUGGUCCAGGAGAAUGGGGAGCUGUUUACAAUUACAAGCACACAAAAGAGGAGGAGGGGGAAUAUAAAGAGGGGAAGAAGAGAAAUGGCUUUAACCAACUGGUGAGCGACCGGAUCUCCGUACAUCGGCGUCUACCAGACAGUAGGCUGGAAGAAUGUAAGUCAAUAUCAUACCCAGCCGAUCUACCUCCAGCUAGUGUCAUCAUCUGCUUCCAUAACGAGGCUUGGUCCACACUCCUCAGAUCUGUCCACAGCGUCCUUGACCGAUCUCCUGCACAUCUCAUAAGGGAGAUAAAUCUCGUUGACGAUGCAUCUACUCAAGAUCAUUUGAAGGCAUCCUUGAAGACAUACAUGUCAAAAUUGGGAAAGGUGAAGAUUGUCAGACACCGGGAGCACCAGGGUCUAAUCAGAGCGAGGCUGACAGGAUAUGAAGUGGCUGCUGGACCAGUCCUGGUGUUCCUCGACUCCCACAUCGAAUGUUAUCCAGGUUGGUUGGAACCACUACUUGAUCGUAUUCGUCAAAAUCCAAAGAAUGUGCCCUUUCCUAUGGUGGACAAUAUUGGAUAUGAAACAUUUCAUACAUACAUCAUGAAUACAACCAACCGCUUAGGAGUGUUCACAUGGAAGCAAUUCAUCUUCAACUGGGGAUAUGUCAAAGAUGCAAGGAAGAGUCAGUUGAAAACACCUACUGAUCCUAUCAGAUCCCCUACAAUGCCAGGUGGGUUGUUUGCUAUAGACAGACAGUGGUUCACCACCCUGGGGACGUAUGACCCGGAGCUCAUGUUUUGGGGAUCAGAGAACUUGGAACUGUCAUUCAAAAUAUGGAUGUGCAAUGGAACCUUGGAAACACUGCCUUGUUCUCACGUGGGGCACGUGUUCCGUUUGGUGAAUCCCAUAAAGUGGAAGGAGGGUGGGGUCCCCGCUAUGAUUAACGCCAUCAGGGUGGCAGAAGUCUGGCUCGACGAGUACAAGUACCUGUAUUAUGAGGCAAAUCGCUUUCAACGGGUCAAGAACUAUGGUGACAUCACAGACCGACAAAAAUUGAGGGAACGUCUUCAUUGUCACAACUUCCGCUGGUAUAUAAAAAAUAUAUACCCUGAGUGUCCCAUCGUCAAGGUCUUGAAUGCAGGAGAGAUUAGAAGUGUUUCGCACCCAAGUCUGUGUGUGAGUGCGACAAGGAGGGACGGAACAAGCCUCCGCCCUUGUCACGGCUAUGGAAGAGGUCAGUACUGGCAAUUAUUCCCGGUUGGGGUGUUACAGGGCCACACGAACCGGCGACUGUGUGUAAGAAGAGGGGAGAUCACUGAUAACCGUUGCUACCAGGAUGAUAUGAUGAACUGGACAUACACCGAGGACAAAACCCUUCACUUGAGAAAGUCCGACAAAUGUUUGACAGCUGGUGACAAUUCAACCCUGUUGGUGAAGACGUGCGACGGGACUGCGAAACAAAGAUGGAUGUUUGAAAAAUCAAAGUUUCCACUUCAUGACACGUAAAACGUAUGGGAACUAUAUAUUUACGUUAUUGGCGUGAUGCGUUUUAUAAAUGUGUUGGUUGUAUAUAAGAUAUGUGGAAUCGUCUUAUGGUAUGUUGCAUUUUGAUCUAUUGGUAUGUGGCAGAAGCAAAAAGGAGCAAGUGCUGUGGUGGCGGAACUUGAAUUUGAACACCAGCGAGUCGAGCGUUCAAGAAUUGAUUUGAACUUUUCUAUGAUUAGAUACGUUUACAGUUAUCAGCCCUUGGAUAUUCAGUCACCCUGACAAAGCAACAUGACUGUAGAGUUGUAUACGAAGGUCACUGUAGACAAUGAACAACAUCAACAGUUUUGGUCGGUGGGGUAGCCUACCAGCUGGAUAAAUAUUUCGCUUGUCAGGCGGCAGACUCGGGUUUUAUUCCCUACAUGCGAACAAUGUCCGAAGCCCAUUUCAGGUGUCCCCUUCCGUGAUGAUGCUGGAAUAUGAAUAUAACGACAUAAAGUCAUUCCCACUCCUGUUUUAUAUGGAAUUGUUUAUUGGACAAUACAGUUUUGUUAUCUUGUGA